ACCAUCUGUAUAAUCGGGGUAGGUGAGAUAUACCUUGACUGAGGUAUGUUUACCUUGGUCGACUUAAAUGCGUAUAAGAUUGAAUUCUUAAUUUCGAAUAUUGUUAUAAUCUUUAAAACGCCGUCGGAUUUUAUUAUGAAAGAAAUUUUGGGUUUGUGCUAAGUAAAGUGACAUAAUGAGCUUAUGGUUCAUACAAACAGCGACCUAGACGCGAUACUAUUCUCUAUUGUACUCGUUCAGAAUACCUAUUUUGAGUACCGGAGAUUUAAAUAUUGUGUUAUAAUUCUUUAAAAGGAAAUAAAGGAAAUAAAAAAGUGCACAAACAGCUUUUUGUACUGUUUAUAUGGUGGAUGAUGUACAUGUUUGUGUAAUGGUAGUCGAAUUGUUUGAAGGAAGGUAAACUGCGUGUUGUAUUCUGUUUUGCUUUAGUCAAGUUAACAUGGUGAAACUUAAGGAGUUUACAAUUAAAAAGGCCAUGUGUCAUUCCUGAAGGGAUAUAUGUUGGAAUAUACUUCAAAUAAUAGGACUUUAAGGCAUACCUCUUCAUAAAUCUAAAAGAACUGAACAAAACAGACCAUCAUGCAUUUUAUGGCACGGAACUCGACGGACAUGGCCUACCAGGCUCAGGGCUACGCGCUUCGGCCGGACCCGCUAAACGUAUUCAAAGGUCAGCCCACAAUCCGCCAGUCCCCUGUGCUCUCCCACCGGCGCGUUGGGUCCUCCGGAAGUGCCAACUUGGUGAGACUACAUGAAUUUGGAGCACCCAAGGACAGCGACCCGCUCCUCGCUUUGCAGAACGUUGAGCGCCCACCCACUCCCCACGGGCCUGACACACACCCAGAUGAGAACGAGAACCCACUGCUCUCGAAUCACAUGAUCCAUGACUGUGCCACAGAGAAGUGCUCACGAGUCGUCUUGAAUGUGUCCGGUCUAAAAUUCGAAACCCAACUCAAAACUCUAAACAGACUUCCAAGUACAUUGCUUGGAAAUACUCAGGAAAGACAAAAGUUUUGGGACCCGAAAAGAAAGGAAUAUUUUUUUGAUCGACAUAGACUGUCAUUUCAGGCCAUUCUGUACUACUAUCAGAGUGGCGGGCGACUCAAGAGGCCGGUGGAGGUUCCAAUGGACAUUUUCCUGGAUGAGCUCGACUUUUUCAAGAUGGGAGAUUCUGUUAUAAGCGCCUUCAAGGAGGCUGAGGGUUACCUGAUGGACGACGAAGAUGAAGAGAUGGUAUUGCCUGACCACAGGGUCACAUGUUAUAUAUGGAAAACAUUUGAAUACCCGGGUAGCAGUGUCCUUUCUAAUAUUGUAGCAGUGAUAUCCGUGAUCUUUAUUUUGACGUCGAUUGUGACGUUUUGUGUAGAAACGUUACCGCAGUUCAAAGGCAGAGACUGUCUUAACGAUACGGUGAUUGGUGAAGACGGCAAGAAAACGGUUGUGGUAAGGUUCAACUACAGUGAUCCGCUGUUUAUAGUGGAAUCGUGCUGUAUAGUGUGGUUUGUUUUUGAACUUGCAAUCCGGCUCAUUUGUUGUCCGAGGAAAGUGAAAUUCCUGACUGAUAUCACAAACUGGAUCGACUUUGCGUCCAUCGCACCCUAUUUCAUAUUCAUAAUAUUGUUCUUCGUGGCUAACACGUGCCAGAACAACAGCAGGUUUCUGUCCGUGCUGCGCGUGCUUCGCGUGGUGCGCAUUUUCAAGCUCAGCCGGUUCUCGGACGGACUGCAGAUUCUUGCCAAGACGAUGCGGGUGAGCAUGCAAGAGUUGUCUAUGUUCCUGUUGUUCUUAGGCAUCGCCGUCAUUAUCUAUGCGGGGGCCAUCUUCUAUGCCGAGGCGCAGGUUGAGAAUUCGUUCUUCACGAGCAUACCGGAUGCGUUCUGGUGGGCGGUCAUCUCCAUGACGACUGUGGGUUACGGCGAUGUAUAUCCACAGGGCGUGUUUGGGAAGUUGAUCGGCACCAUGUGCGUGCUAUCCGGCCUGCUUGCCAUCGCCCUCCCCGUCCCCGUCAUCGUAACCAAUUUCAACAACAUAUACCGACAAACCACCGGAAGGGGCGGCAGCAUAUGAGUGGUGGGAACGUUCUACAAGCAGGUUGUCGCCUGUCGAGGUUUCUUCAAAGCUUUUAAAGCUUAACUAGCUUUAAAGGUUAAUUUCAUGAAUCCAAAUUCCUAAAUGAUUUUUUAUGUUCUUAAUAAACAAGUUGUUUAUCGUGAUUAUUAUCAAGAAAAUCGUUUUAUUUGUCUGGAUCAAAAUAUUAAGUACUGGGUAUCAAAACAUAAACUAUCCCUUAUUAUAUUCACAAUCCUCGAUCUUUAGAGACCGAAUAUAAUUGGAGAUUAAGAUUACACUGAUUAUCCUCUUUUGUGAAAUGUAUUUGAAUCGUUAUAAUUUGAUUCGGCAUCUUGUUUUUCCCUGAUUGUUAAAUUCUGACGUGCAUAUAAAUGUCAAAUUUCACAAGGACACCAAACCAACCUCAAUGAAUGCAUUUGGUUGACUCUCCCAAACAAAUGAUACUUAUACCUAUAUAUUUCUCAAAUUUUGCAUCGGAUCAUCUGCAAUAAUUUUGAUUUAAAAAUAUACAGCUGCUAAAGUAAUUUAGUGUAUUUAAUGUUCGGUCUUAGGCCUCCGCUUAUUGGAUCGAUGGACAGAUUCACUUUUAAAUAUUUAGAAGGCCUGGCCACCAAAACUCCAUUACACAGAAGAUAUAUAUCUUUUAUUUUACUCCAAAUAUGAAUAGCACACGACCGCCAAUGUCAGCCACAACACUGUCAUUAAGUCAUUAACCGGUUUAUAUCAGAGAUCAUUUAGAUGGCAAGGCAUCCGAUAGGCAUUUCGCGCUUAAGUUUCUUAAAUCUAAAGUCAAUCAUACCUGAGUUAUUGCCCUUGGCAUUAUUAAAUGCAAAGCAUAUUUGUUUCCACUCCUGGUCACGUUUCUGUAAUUCUAUAGGAAUUUCUUUUGAAAUGUACAAAUUAGCCUUGUAUAGGUAUCGUGGCCUGUAAAUGGACCGGGGUAUUGCCAGUCCAUCCUUCAUACAACAUCAAGGCCUGUUUGUUGACAUGGGUAUCGCCAGUCCAUCAUUCCUACAAACGUCAAGGCCUGUAUGUGGACAUGGGUAUCGCCAGUCCAUCAUUCCUACAAACGUCAAGGCCUGUAUGCGGACAUGGGUAUCGCCAGUCCAUAAUUCCUACAAACGUCAAGGCCUGUAUGCGGUCAUGGGUGUAUGUAGAGAUGGGUAUCGCCAGUCCAUCCUUCCUAUAAACGUCAAGGCCUGUAUGUGGACAUGGGUAUCGCCAGUCCAUCAUUCCUACAAACGCCAAGGCCUGUAUGCGGUCAUGGGUGUAUGCGGACAUGGGUAUCGCCAGUCCAUCAUUCCUACAAACGUCAAGGCCUGUAUGUGGACAUGGGUAUCGCCAGUCCAUAAUUCCUACAAACGUCAAGGCCUGUAUGCGGUCAUGGGUGUAUGUAGAGAUGGGUAUCGCUAGUCCAUCAUUCCUACAAACGUCAAUGCGUGUAUGCGGACAUGGGUAUCGCCAGUCCAUCCUUCCUAUACAAACGUCAACGCAUAUAUAUGGACAUGUUAGUAGCCUUAGGUGAUCCGUAGCAAACUAUUGUGACAAUAAAGGGUUAGGCUAUAUUACUAUUCGUUUUAACGGUUAGUUUGCCAUUUAUUGACUUUUUCCUAUGUAUUAUAUAGUUAUCACUUGUUAGUUGAAGUGCUUGUGUGUCACAUUAUUUGCGGUGCUGUUUAAAUUACGUUUUAUCAUAUUUUAUUGUCUGUAUUUAUUGAAAUAAAUAUCACAUAACGAG